AUCAAAUACCUCACGCUAGAUGCAUCGAUUCGCGUUUCGAUCUAAAUGACAGAAUCGAAAAUGCCCAUUAAAACUUUCCUCUGUUGCUUCAAUGUUUAUGAAGGAUCAUGGGUCUGUGGACUUUGCAGCUUGUUAUUGGGAGCUGCGAGGGUUUACCUUCAGUGGUUCAACUUAGAAUUUCGUCACCGGAUGACAGCAGCCGCAAGAAAACAGUUACUGAUCGACUUUAACACCCUUCAGCUGAUAACGAUUCUUCAGAUGUCGGCAGCAGCUGUUUCUAUAGCGGUGUCGCUUUUGAUGCUCAUCGGACUUUUUAAGCGUCAGCGAUGGCUGUUGUUCCCGUGGUUAAUGUGGGUAGUGAUUGAAGAGCUUUUUUCUAUAAGUGUCAUCUUCUUUUUUGUGGCUUUUGACGUCAAGUUGAAGUGCUCAGUGUACGUAUCAGAUGCCGUCAUGUUUGUGACCUCUGUAAGUACAAACGUAACAUGUAAGGGAGGGGAGGGUAAUGCAAACUUCACAUGGGUUAGGAAUGAACAACUGUACUUGAUAUGCCGGGUUGAUUGUUUGUGUUUUCCCACAUUGAGACAAAAGGUUAAUUGGGCUCCUUCCAGCAGGGAUGCUUGCCUCAGAAUUUGACAAUAGUAUUAUGAUGAAAAAAUACUUCUGAAAUUGAAAAAAAUUCACUGAUUAUUUUACGACUAUGACACAAAAUGCAAGCUGUAAUAAAACAAACGGAUCUCAUAGCAUUCAGAGGCAUUUUGUCUUCCAAAGAAUCACAAAAAUUAAUAUUAUUUCCUAACUAACCUAGGCAUGCAAUACGUGCAAAAGGUCUAGUAUGUAGCUGCGGUUCCUUGCACACAAAGCAGACCUCUGAUACUACUUAUACCAUAAUAAUUGUUAUCUAGUCAGUGACUCAAUGAUCUGCCAAGCAAUAUUAAUCACUUGAAUCUUCUUUUGACAAC